AUGGGGGGCAACCAGUCAUGGAUCACAGAGCUCAUCCUCUUGGGAUUCCAGCUCAGUGCAGAGAUGGAGGUGCUCCUCUUCUGGGUCUUCUCCCUGUUGUACGUCUUCAGCCUGAUGGCAAAUGGCAUGAUCUUGGGACUCAUCUACCUGGACCCCAGACUGCACACCCCCAUGUACUUCUUCCUUUCACACCUGGCCAUAAUUGACAUUUCCUAUGCUUCCAGCAAUUUGCUCAACAUGCUUGACAACCUAGUGAAACACAAAAAAAACAUCUCUUUUGUCUCAUGCAUUAUACAAAUGGCUUUGUUUUUGACUUUUGCUGCUGCAGAAUGCAUGAUUUUAGUGGUGAUGUCCUAUGACAGGUUUGUAGCAAUCUGCCAUCCUCUUCAGUACACUGUCAUCAUGAGCUGGAGAGUGUGCACGGUCCUGGCUGUCACUUCCUGGGCAUGUGGAUUUUUCUUGGCCCUAAUAAAUCUAAUUCUCCUUCUAAGGCUGCCCUUCUGUGGACCUCAGGAAGUGAACCACAUCUUCUGUGAAAUCCUAUCUGUCCUCAAACUGGCUUGUGCUGACACCUGGAUCAAUGAAAUUUUUGUCUUUGCUGGUGGUGUGUUUGUCUUAGUUGGGCCCCUAUCCUUGGUGCUAAUCUCCUACAUGUGCAUCCUCUGGGCCAUCCUAAAGAUCCAGUCAAAGGAGGGCCGCAAGAAAGCCUUUUCCACCUGCUCCUCCCAUCUCUGUGUGGUUGGGCUCUACUUUGGUAUAGCCAUGAUGAUUUAUUUGGUCCCAGACAAGAGUCAGCAACAGGAGCAGCAGAAAAUCCUAACCCUGUUUUACAGCCUUUUCAACCCAUUGCUGAACCCGCUCAUCUACAGUCUGAGGAACAAUCAGGUGAAGGGCGCCUUCUACAGAGCACUGCGGAAGAUGAGGAUUAUAUGA